AGGAAGGACAGUCGACGGUAUCGGUCUACCUAAAAGGGUUGUAGCUUGAUUACUGAUGACAUUACAAGAGCUCUAAAUCCCGCCAGACAUUCGAGAUGAGCUUGCACUGACACAGAAAACUGCAGCACCAUCUCCGAAUACCGCAAUCAGCACUAUCUCUAGAGCCUAACCAUCAAGUCAUAGUCACGACAAUGUCUAAGCCAGAAGAUGUCCCUGAGAUGGAGUACCGUUUCCUGGGCUGCUCAGGUCUUCAGGUAUCUGCAAUCUCCCUCGGAGGAUGGCUGACAUAUGGUGGCCAUAUUGAUAAAGAACGUACAUUUCAAUGCAUGAAGGCCGCCUAUGAUUGCGGCGUUAACUUCUUUGACUGUGCCGAAGAAUACUCCAACGGUGAAUCUGAGAUCGCGAUGGGUGAGGCUAUCAAGAAGUUCGGUUGGAAACGUAAUGAUCUGGUAGUCUCUACCAAGCUCUACUGGGGAGGAGCAUUCGGAGACAACCCAGUCAACAAUAAGGGACUUUCACGAAAGCACAUUGUUGAGGGGAUCAAUGGUGCUCUCAAGCGCUUGGAUCUCGAGUAUGUCGACCUCAUUUACGCACACAGGCCUGAUCGCCAAACACCUAUGGAAGAGAUCGUUCGUGCGUUCAAUCAUAUUAUAGAUCAAGGAAAGGCUUUCUACUGGGGAACCUCGAUGUGGAAUGCCGAUGAGAUCGCACAGGCAUGGCGAUAUGCCGAUAAACUGGGUCUUAUAGGCCCAAUUAUGGAGCAACCUGCCUAUAACAUGCUGGAUCGUGUCAAGGUCGAGCAGGAAUAUGCCCACUUGUAUCGUGAAGUUGGCCUUGGUCUGACUGUAUUCUCACCCAUGCGUCAAGGUAUCCUGUCUGGAAAAUACAGUGACGGCAUCCCUGAUGACUCUCGCUUUGCCAACGAAGAGAUCAAGUGGGUUAAUGGUUUCUGGAAGCAGACAGGGAAAGAUACUUGGACUAGUAUUAUUGAGCAGGUCAACCAACUGAAGCCUAUUGCGGAAAGACUUGGUUUCAAACAAAGUCAACUCGCUUUGGCCUGGGUACUCAGCAAUAAGAAUGUCAGUUCUGCUAUAACGGGCGCUAGCAACCCUGAGCAGGUGUAUGAGAAUGUCAAAGCUGUGGCUGUUGUCAAAAAGCUGACGCCAGAGAUUUUGAAGGAGAUUGAUACGAUUCUCAACAACAAACCACCAGAGGUUGUGGAGCGGUUUUAAGCAACUCGACCUAAUGUGAUGGUGGUACUCCGAAAUCGGAACAUACUGUUUUAUGAGAAAAGAUUUUAUCCCAAUUGAAUCAAUCUAUCUAUGUACGUAACGGCGGAGAAAUCAAACAGCAUCG